CGUUCCUUGGCGCAUUCUGCUCUGGGGGUGCCACCCGACCGAGUCGAUGGCUCCACAUGAGUCUGCUCAUGCGGAUAUCGAAGCGUGUUUGCCGGCGGAAGUACAUGCUGCGGCGUCUCACCACAAACCUCAGCAUUCGCACCGCCACAAGCACCGGAAGCACCAUCGCUACCACCACCACCACCAUCACCACCGCCAGCUCAACUCGCUCUUUUACACUCUCGCUGCCGUCGUUGUGGCGUGCGUUCUGCUCUUGUUUUCAAUGAUGCAGCGAAUGACACUUGACGCGACGCUCCAUGAUCUCAUGAACGCGUUUGUGAACGCAGACUUCGUCCCGAAUGCAGUGUCGCAAGGAAUCGUGGAGUUGCGCAUUCCCGAGUCGCGUGCAGUGCAGCCCAUCGACAUCGAACGCCAGUUGCUCGGCACGCUGUUCACGCAACUUGUCAGUCGAAAGCAGAAGCUCAUGAUGGAGAUCGUCAAGGGCGCGCAUGUCGUCGUCGAGAACGACCAAGGUCGCUUCUACGAACUGUUCAAGUCGAUAUCCACGUCAACGUACUCUCGUAUUUCGUCGCACUUUUCCAACAAUGUGCAAUACAGCGUGCCUCAAGGGUACCUCCUUGACACGUUGCUCACCGGGACCACGAGCAACAAUGACUCGUGGUUCCAGUUCGAAGGCGCCAACUGGGAUCCACUUGGCCGCCCACUCGACAGCUUGAUACACUGUCUCAACUACAUCGAGUACAAGAUCCGAGGCGUCCAAGUCGGGCCACUAGGAACUUCGAUGCACACGGAUCGCAACCCAUUGCGAAUUCCGUUCCACAAUCGCACCGGUGAUAGCCCUUCGGACGCUCUCUACCGACCGUGAACAACCUUAUUUAACCCUGCCAUAAUGUGCCUUCAUGAUUCACUGUGUGGUCAGCCCAUUCCCAUGGGACGACUCGAUCGAGGCAACGGCAAUGGAAAACUCAAAUGUGUCUUAACUUAAUCACUGCGGUGUUUCUUGGGGUUAUAGUGGGAAGGGCUUUCUACUACCGCGUCACUGCCGUUUGUGAUGCAAUUCGUGCUGCUGCUAUCGCUACAUUUGGCCCAUGCUCGCUUGUUCGACUUGGGUGGGUUGUUGGAUUUACCGAGCUUGACAAUAUUGCCGUGAAACUGGGCCUUGAACUUCUGGUCUACGUCCAGGAGGAGCUUCUUCUUCGUGCCAAAGACACGACUGUUUCCUGCUUUGUCUCCGCUGCCUCCGCUGUUUUCAAUGUCGAUCUUGCGCCUCUUGCGAGUGGACUUCGAGAUCAAUGUAGACGACGUGUCACCGGACUUUGGCGACGCGGCAGACGCUGAAAUAGACCAGUUGCCGAUGCGCUGACACAAAGAAACUUCCCUCGACAAGGCAGCGUUGGAAUCGUCCACUUCUGCUGCCGUCGGUGAAAGGGGUGGCGAUACUGACGAGGAUUUUGAGAUGCCUGGUGACUCCGCAAUCGAUGAAGUCGCAGCACCAGCCGCACCGGGGGACGUUGAAGACGACAAGGUGGAUGCCUUUCGUUUUCGUUUUGCAUGGACAAGGGAGUUGGCGACUGAGUUUGGCUCUUCUGAAUGGGCGGACUCUAUCUGUGCAGUGGUUGGUAACGUUGUUGUUGUUGCUUCCACAGCAGUUAAGACGAGUGGGUCAGGUUCACCCGCUUCAUCGUCUGAGUCUCGGUUGCUCAUUGGGGACAACGGAAGCAGCAACUGCAUCUUUAACGUGAGUUCGGUGAUAGCAGCAAACGAGUUCAAUCCACGUUGUUUCAAUCUUGCCAAUUCCUGUUUCACAAUGAGCGCGCGGACCGCGUCGUCGCGGUUCAUUUGGAAUUGAUACAUGACUUUUCGCACUUCGCUUUCAGAUGGCUCUGUCGCGCUCUUGACGAUACGUUGGAGCAACUUCUUCACAGCCAUGUCUCGGGCGAUGUUUUGAUCUAAGAGCAGCUGCAAUUCGGCCUUCACAACACGUCGGAAGAGUGACUGUGCUUCCACCAUUUUGGCUUCAUAGUCUGAUGGGGAACACUUGGUGUUUGGGAUGGAGACGUUCAUGUUUCUGCAAAAGGAAUGGUUUCGCAAGCGUCCAGUUCGCACGAAUUGCUUUGACCAGCAAACAGUGUGGGUUGUCGGCGAGCAGGUAUAAGUGAUGCAAUGUCUCGUGAAGAUCGUGCACGCGUAUGCCCUUCCUUCGCCAGAUCCUUGGUUCGACGGCGGAUCUUUCCCCGGUGCGCUGCUUCUCCCAGUCAGUCGCUUGCUGGUUUCUGGAAGUUGUUGCAGCACGA